AUGCAUCUCGUCCCAAAAGAGCUCGACAAGCUCCUCAUCACUCAGCUAGGCCUGCUUGCUCAGCGCCGCUUAGCUCGAGGUGUUAGGCUGAACCAUUCCGAAGCAGCAGCUCUCAUCGCUAGUAACGUGCAAGAGUUGAUCCGCGAUGGCAACCAUACCGUGUCAGACCUCAUGAGCCUCGGCUCCACCAUGCUAGGUCGCCGACACGUCUUGCCCACCGUCUGUAGCACUCUGCAUAAAAUCCAAGUCGAGGGAACUUUCCCUUCCGGAACGUACCUUGUGACGAUCGAUAACCCCAUCAGCACGGACGAUGGCGACCUCAACCGGGCCCUCGCCUACGCCGCCGAACAGGCCCCAGGUGCCGUUGUCGUUGUCAAGGGAGUCGUGGCCUUCAACGAGGGCAGGAAGUGCAUCAAGCUCAAGGUGACGAACAAGGGUGACAGGCCGAUCCAGGUGGGCUCGCACUACCACUUCAUCGAGGUGAACCCUCUGCUCGUAUUCGACCGAGCGAGGGCCUACGGCCACCGUCUCAACAUCGCGGCGGGCACAUCCGUGCGUUUUGAGCCGGGCGACACCAAAACCGUCACCCUGGUUGAAAUUGGCGGGCACAGGGUCAUCAGGGGCGGCAACAACCUCGCCAGCGGCGCCGUGGAGCUCUGGAGAGUCAACGAUAUCGUGGAGAGGCUGAUGGCGAAGGGAUUCGAGCACGAGCCUCAGCCCCAGACCGCAGACCUCGGUAUAAUACGGGCCCCCACCAUGUCGCGCGACGUGUAUGCCGCCACCUACGGGCCGACCACGGGCGACCGCGUGCGGCUAGGUCUCACGGACCUGUGGAUCACGGUGGAGAAGGACUUUGCCGUCUAUGGCGACGAGUGCAAGUUUGGAGGCGGCAAGACCUUGCGCGAGGGCAUGGGCCAAGCCACCGGUCGUGUCGACGCCGAAUCGCUUGACAUGGUUGUCACCAAUGCUUUGAUUGUCGAUUGGACUGGCAUCUACAAGGCUGAUAUCGGCGUCAAGAAGGGAAUGAUUGUCGCUAUCGGAAAGGCCGGAAACCCCGAUGUGAUGGAUGGUGUGACCCCUGGCAUGGUGGUGGGCAGCUGUACCGACGUCGUCGCUGGCGAGGGCAAGAUCUUGAAGAAGCCCUCGCUUCUGGAGUCACUACCAUGCUUGGAGGUGGAACUGGGCCAAGCGCCGGCUCUAAUGCGACCACGUGCACCCCGGAAAACCUAUAUCAAGCAGAUACUCCAGGCCUGCGACAAGUUUCCCGUCAACAUUGGAAUUACCGGCAAGGGCUGCGAUAGCGCGCCCGAGGCCCUGCGGGAACAGGUCCAGGCCGGCGCGUGUGGCUUGAAGAUCCACGAAGAUUGGGGUGCCACCCCGGCUGCCAUCGACAACUGCCUUGCCGUUUCCGACGAGCUCGAUGUGCAGGUCCUCAUCCACACGGAUACUUUGAAUGAAUCGGGCUUCGUCGAAUCCACCAUUGGCGCCAUCAACGGCCGCACUAUCCACACGUACCAUACCGAGGGUGCGGGAGGUGGCCACGCGCCGGAUAUCAUUUCGGUCGUAGAGCAUCCCAACGUGCUUCCCUCGUCAACCAACCCCACGCGCCCGUUCACUAUUAACACGCUCGACGAGCAUCUCGACAUGCUCAUGGGCUGCCACCACCUUUCCAAAGACAUUCCCGAAGACAUUGCGUUUGCCGAGUCGCGCAUCCGCGCCGAGACCAUUGCUGCUGAGGAUGUUCUCCACGACCUCGGGGCCAUUAGCAUGAUGUCCAGCGACUCGCAGGCCAUGGGACGCUGCGGAGAGGUCGUGCUGAGGACGUGGACGACGGCGCAUAAGAACAAGUUGCAGAGGGGCACGCUGCCCGAAGACGAGGGCACGGGCGCCGAUAACUUCCGAGUCAAGCGGUACAUUUCCAAGUACACUAUCAACCCGGCUCUCGCGCAGGGCUUCGGCCAUCUCGUCGGUAGCAUCGAAGUCGGCAAGCUGGCGGAUCUGGUGAUUUGGGACCCCGCUUGGUUCGGCACCAAACCCGAGAGCGUCAUCAAGGCCGGGUUGAUCUCUUGGGCUCAAAUGGGUGACGCAAACGCUUCUUUACCCACCAUUCAACCCGUCAUUGGCCGUCCCAUGUUUGGCGUGCAUGUGCCCGAAUCGAAGAUACUCUUUGUAAGUCGAUCCUCCAUUGACAACGGCUCGAUCGAGUCCUACGGGCUCAAGUCGCGCGUCGAGGCUGUAAAAGGUUGCCGAACGGUAAGCAAACGUGACAUGAGAUUCAACGAUGUGAUGCCCAAGAUGCGCGUAGACCCCGAAAGCUACACGGUCGAGGCGGACGGCAAGGUAUGCUCGGCCGACCCUCGGAAACUCUGCCACUGGCGCAGGCUUAUUACAUGUAUUGAGGAGGGGACGAACCUUGGAAUAAUUCGGUGA